AUGAACAAAGUUUUGAAAUCUCAUAAACACAACAUCUCCGAUAUAAAUGAACUUCAAGCUACAUUAGAUAAGAAAGCCGACAAGAACCAUACACAUAAAUCCUUCACUACUGUUAGAGUAGACGAUGUAAUAUUGAACUUUGACCUUGGUUCAAGUGCACCAUUAGAAAAUCCAAGUACAAGCGUAAAAGAUACUCUUAACAAUUUAGAUAAGAGUUGCAGGAAUAUUGAAAGUCAUGCCAGAAACUUUGAAGCAUAUGAACUACCAUCAAUGUUAGACAGUAAAGCCGACAAGAACCAUACACAUAAAUCCUUCACUACUGUUAGAGUAGACGAUGUAAUAUUGAACUUUGACCUUGGUUCAAGUGCACCUUUAGAGAAUCCAAGUACAAGCGUAAAAGAUACACUAAACAAUUUAGAUAAGAGUUGCAGGAAUAUUGAAAGUCAUGCCAGAAACUUUGAAGCAUAUGAACUACCCGCAAUGUUAGACAAGAAAGCAGAUAAAACAGAGCUUCAAACAUUAAAGACUGAAAUACUUCAAACAUUAUAUCCUAUAGGCUCUAUUUAUACGUCAAUGAACUCAACAAAUCCAGAAACAGUUUUAGGUUUUGGUACAUGGCAGCAGAUUGUAGACAAAUUCUUAUACUGUGCUAACUCUUCAAAGCAAACGGGUGGUUCAAAGAAAAUUACAGAAGCAAACCUUCCACCGCACACUCAUACAGGAACUACAAACUUUUCUGGCGACCAUAGCCACUCAUUAAGAGACCACCCAUUAUACAACUCAGAGUAUGAAGCUGGCAAUGAUGUUUUAUCUCCAUCUUAUAACAAUGCAGCAAAAAAGACUUUUCGACCAACUGAACCAGGAGGAAAUCAUGUCCAUACUUUCACAACAAAUCCAACAGGCUCGGGUGCAGAUUAUAUGCCACCAUUUAUGACUGUAUUCGCAUGGUACCGCGUUGAAUGA